AUGGAGCAGGAGCCCGAGAAUGUGCAGACCAUUGUCUAUGCAGCAUGUGUCCUCCACAACCUGAUCCACACCGGAAGUGCAACAACAGCAGCAGCAGCAGCCACGGUGAACAAACAGACAGGAAACGUCACACCAGGUUUCGGUUUGGCUUUCAUCGCCUACCCAGAGGCUUUAACACAUCUGCCGUGGGCUCCUCUCUGGUCGGUAUUGUUUUUCUUCAUGUUGCUCACGCUGGGACUCGACUCUCAGUUUGCUGGUUUAGAAACAAUUCUAACAAGUCUGCUGGACCAGUUUCCUAAGAUGUUGAAAUUGAAACGUAUUUAUAUGACAAGUGGAAUUUGCUUGUUGUUUUAUUUCCUCGGCCUUGUCAUUGUUACAGAGGCUGGAAUUUACUGGUUGAAUUUAAUUGAUUAUUUCUGCACCGGGUGGAUUCUCUUGAUUGUGGCCCUGUUGGAAGUGACCGGUCUGAGCUGGAUUUAUGGAAUAAACAGGUUCAUCAAGGACAUUGAGAUGAUGAUUGGGAGCAAGAUUUGGUUCUUCUGGCUGUGGUGGAGAGUGUGUUGGUUUUUCAUCUCUCCAAGCUUGCUGGCAGUAAGGAAACUUUGCAAUAUUUAUUGGUUUAGAACAUAG